CUCAUCACCACGUACGGUCGUCCUCAGGAGCAGCCUUGAAGUACAUAAGACUCUGAUGGACCUCCCUGAUGAAGAAGCAUGAGUGUGUUUGAACCCAUCAACACAAGUAGAGUUAUGAUCCCGCAUAUCUCGGCAAAAGAUUCCCCACCAGUCGGUGAAAGGCUGCCUAGCGAUGAGGAAGUCGAAGCUGUAUUGAAGCAAAAGAUUGUGAUCCUUGAGGACUUUAUAGAAUAUGAUGGCCGUCUGCCGCCCGCGAUUGAAGAACGUUGCGAGGUGCUGAGGUAUAAAGUCCAAUCACUGGAAGACCAUAUCUUCAAAGCUGGAAAGUCAGCAGCUGCAAUCGAGUAUCUCCGAUGUGCUCCAGAAUCGUACUUCCAAAAGGUCGCUCCACAUGAUUUCCAACGCUGGCUGGACGUCAAACUCCCAUUGUCUCAUGCACAAGGUGGAAAUGCAGCAAGAUUUAAGUCUCCGAGGAAAAGGAAAUUUCUAUAUUCGGAUGAUGGAUUCCAUGUCUUCUCUGCCUCGUCGGAAAACUCGCCAGACCCAUCUAAUGCUCGAACGAAACGCCUACGGACCAACGAGAGCGAGAAACAUCCUUGUCUACGGUGCAGGAUAUUGAAGAAGAAAUGUGAUUUCCUCGAACAGUGUAGGCAUUGUCCAAGUCAGGGCUUCGACAACGAGACAGAUUAUUGGAAAGUGCUUGGGUGCUUCAGAGGCCACCUGCGCGACUUUUCCGCGAUAUUCUGCCCUGCUUUUUCUCGUUCGACUCAAAGAACAUUGUUGUACCGAAGUGGAGGGACGGAGAUCAUAAAUUUCGCAUUGACGAAAUCACGAGUGUCUGAUCAGAAGAGGAGACGCAUGAUACACCUAGUCCGGACGAGAAAUGACUUUGCUCGGCUUUCAGAAUCAUCUUGGGAAGACACCGCCCGACGAGAGUCGCUGAGUCUUUCGGGGAGCUCAUUUAUCGAGCAUGACGGAAAUGCUGAAAUUCCCACGCUCCACUUAGCCGACUACGAAGCGCCGUGGGCCGUACUUCAAGUUGUUUCAAUGGAUACCGCAUACAUGUCGAAGACUGCCUUUAAUCUUUUCAGCCUGAUAAGACUAGGGAAUGACUUCUCGAAAUCAGAACCAGCCUCUUGGGAGCUGUUCAACUUGGCGAAGCGACUUCUUCGCCAGUCCACUGAACUGUAUCUGCUGGAGAGACUUUGCACUCAGAUUGCUUCUGGCGACAUGCUUGGUAAAGUUCCAUUUGACCCCACGAGAUCAACACCCAAUACACUUGUCCUUGUCGAUCUGAAAGAAGAUGUCGAGACAUUCCUCCGAAGCUUUGAAAAAGCUUGCUCCGGCAGAGCGAAACUCGAUGGGACAGCUCAAUUGGCUUGCUUCUACGCACUGCUGGUCUUUGGCGUCGUUAAAUCUAUGCUCACCGACGCCUACUCGAUCAGAGCUAGCUACGAGGAUCCCAAUCCUUGGAGCGAGGAAGAAGCAACGAAAAUAUCUAGUGCAUACAAAGCCCUGGUAAGCGUAUUCUGUUGGUCUUCAAAAGCCGACAUUGUGGUCCAGGAUGUGAUGACUCUCAAAUAUGAAGAAUAUCAUAGCCAGGUUAUGCAAACGCGGAAGAUGGUGCGAAGCAACGAAUGGGAGAGCUUCGGAGUGAAGGGUACGAAAGAGUUCCUCCUGGGUCUCGGUGCAUGCUUCCUUCCUGAUAGUGUCUAUAAUGGGUUCUUCGCACAGAAAUUUGGUUUAAAAGAGCUCCCAACGAUAUGUAUGAAGGCAACAGCCACCAGGGAGAAGGAGCACCAAGCCCCACGUCGAGAGAUUCAUCCUUUCGAGUCCGUAGAACAAACUGCUACUUCUCCAAAUCAAGAAGCUAGUCAAGCAUCAGUCAGCACCCUGGAUGGUACACUGGGACCAUUCUCGAUUUUCGAGCGGAUGUCUUCGUCCAAAUCGCCUCGAGCUUUCGGCCAAGUCGCAUCCCCAUCUGCGUCGUCACCGAGAACUCUUUACAAGAACAAAACACCAGAAUCGUCGAAAUCUAAUAACUCAACGGCUUCAAGUCCAACAACUUUCACGUUCGUAACUAAUGAUGCAAAUGACACCCACGCUCCAGCCCGCACCCACGGCGGCAGGAAGGGUGCACUACCUCCAGCAACGCUGAAGAAAUCGAGGGAGGUAAGAAAGGUCGGUGCAUGUUGGAACUGCUGGGUGAUGAAAAUGCCUUGCUCCGAAGGAUCCACCUGCCAGAGAUGCCAGAAGAAAGGUACAAAGCCAUAUCCGCGAUGCAACCGAGCACCCUUUGAUUCCUACACGGAUAUACUGUUUCCAGAAUGGAUCAUAUCAGACUUCACCCCCGAAGCCAUCAGCUCCUACAUCUCGACCAAUACUCGUGGCUUCACCUCACAAACCAUCGACGUUGACGUCACAUCUUGGGCAGACGCUUCCAGUAUCACUCUCUCCGUCAACUAUUUCGUUCCUAUUCCAGAAGGCUCGUCUCAGCAGACCUAUCAUGAUCGACAUGGACAACCACUCGGCGUUGAAUCGCUACCCGUCGGAAUCCUUGAUCUCGAUUGCGGGAAACUUGGCGAUGAAGCACUGAGAAAGAUCGACGACAUCAUACAGAACCCAUUAUUUCCUGAGCAGAUCCUCGGACACAAUAGCUCGAACAUGACAAGCAUGGUAUUCGAUAUUUUGUACAGCUUCUAUCAUGCAAUGCCUGCUAAAAAUAAACUCAUCCAUGAUUGCUUCAAAUUAGUCGCCACGAUCCGAUCUGUAAAUCGCCCCGUUAUCUUCACCCCCUCUUCGGCAACCCGUAUCCUCUCGCAUCUUCAGAUUGAAUCCCCUGCAGAUCAGCUAUACUCCUCACGCAUCCUCAACCGCCAAACAAAAGCACUAUCAUACCACAUCAGCCGUCUCAUGAUGACCAGAGUCCUAUCGCAGCUCGAGAAAACUAUGCGCAGCCGAGAUAAAUCGUUUUGGCCAAUUUGCUUCGCAGCUAUGUUGCUGCUGACGUAUUGUAUGGAGCAGAUGGAGGUUCUGGCUGGUGCACAUGUGCAAGCUGCGAGGUUAGGAGAUCAAGAGGCGAGAGCGGCGGUGGAGAAAGAACCCCGGGAGUAUUGCGCAAUGGUGGAUGUUGGACCAUUCGCUCAAUUGUCGCAUCUAUUUCAUGCCUUGUAUCGGACUGGGAGGGCGGACAGUGGAGGAUUGAAUCCGUUGAGAGAGGACUUUGAGAGUCGAGAUAUCGCGGGAUUUGAUGAUGCGGCGACGAACAUGAUUCGAACCAUGAGGGAGAAAACCAUGAAGAAUGUUGAAAUGCUGAAGGAGCAGAAUAAACCCUUCGAUUCUGCUGCUGGACAGGAAGAGCUUGCGAAGAACAGCUCUGGAAGGCUAAUGGCCAGAUUCUUGCGGUCAUUUGUGUAGAUUCGGAUCUAGUUCUGGAUGAAGAGAUCAAUACAGUGGCGGAGAGUAAAGAAGAACUUGGGAGCCAGCUGACGAGAAGGCUGACAUGGAUCAAAUGAGAAACGAAUGAGGCUGAAACGAUUGAUGAGACACGAAAACUGGUAACCUUCAGCCCAUAGAAUGACAGAAAAAGAUACUUAGAGCAUAUCGGCAAAGGGUUGCGAAUUCUCUUACAAGAGACAGUCGAUACAUUAUUGCAACAUUAUGAACCAAAAGAUGGAAUGACGUCAAUAUAAACAUCAUCUCAU